UAUUAGUAAAACUGUCUGAGAACUUAUGUGUAGGAAAAUUACAACGACCUUUAAAAGUCUCCUUUCAAAUUGACAGAAACAAAAUUGCAUGUCAUUCUUAAACACAUUGACGAAUGUUAUAAUUUAAUUUCAAAUCAAUAGAAUUCCAAGAAAUAUGGGCUGUCCUUGGCCUUCAAGAGUUUUCAUGCAGUUUGUGAACUUCUCAUGUGAAGUAUCACACAUGUUAUUGCUUCUACGUCUUUGAAUAUACGCGUCAUAAACGAAAGGCGAAUAUCGGAUUUACUAUUGCACUUACUCUUCAGUCGUCUUCCAUGAAAAGCUCUUUGGCAACUGACUUCACUGGCAUUUAAAUUACAAAUAGGAAAUCGCAAACACGAAAUUCUCCCAUGUUAACAUUACUUCUGGUUUAUUUAAAAUAUACUUUCAUAACAUAACGUGUUAUUUGAAGAAAACUUCUCAAAUUCAUAGAAACUGGAGUGUAUGUUUAUAAACUAUUGAAGUAUUAGUCUGACCGACAUGAUCACUUCAUUGGUAGCUGGCGAACGCAUCCAUCAUGAAGUUUAGUGGAAUCGCUGUAUUAGUAUUUUUAAAAAUUCUCCUCAUUGAAACUAGAAUGCUGCCGAUUAACUACGUGACCAUCGAUCCGCGUUAUAAUGAGCCGACAUCAGUGCACGUGAGCUCCCACUCCGUUGAGGCUGUCGAGAAUCCACAUGAGAAAGUGAUUGGUCUACGAACACCGUUCGACGAGCGAGAUGGGGAAGACUAUUUAGACUACGACAGGCAGACCGGUGACCAACCGAAGAAGCCGUGUGCCAUCGUAGUCCUGUCCAACAUGCAGAACCCGAACAUGCAAUCACUGUUACGGAAAUACAGAUAUGACGCAAAAGGUGUUUUGAUUCCGAGCAGCGUGAAGUACUUCAUCAAGUUGCCUCAAGGCCCGACGCCUGUUCUCGUGCCUUUGAACGACAAGGCCUUCUCGCCUUUAGGCGGAUUUGUAAGGUACUACAAAGAAGUGCCUCCAAUUCCUCAUGCCUGGUAAAAUAUAUAUUAGUCAGCACAUAUUAUGUUAUCGAGCCUUAUAACUUGAAUCCUUCCUAUAUAAAACAUAAUUUUAAUAAAGUGCAAUUAACACCUAUAAGCAUUGUCCACGUAAUUUGAAGCGAGUCAUUGAACACGUGUACCAUAUGUUGUAUCUCAUAACCCGCUAGCAUCAGCGAACACUACAAAACGACAAGCGACGUGGGAACUCAGCCAGUGUAGAAACUGUUCGACCUUGAUAAAGCAGGGGAAA